AGUUAAGCUACCUACAAGUGGCCUUUACAGCUAGCUCAGAUAGUUGGCUACAUACACCAGAAAAUAACUUGUACGGUGACAACUUAUAUCGGCAGACGCAGGCUGGUGGUGCGACGAUGUAGGUCUAGGACAUAUGUUCACAAUGUACUUUGAACUCCAGUUUAUUAACAUCACGUGAAAUUCUGCAAGACGAACCUCAUCUGUCAGCCAGGGUGGUUUCGCACAUGCAAUUUGAGGCUGCUAUGGAAUAUCAAACUCGUUGUCCACUGCUGGAAGUGCAGGGGAUACCAUUGCUAAAGCCAAUAGUUGCACACUGGGAAAGGGUCGAGAGAUUUAGAGCAGAGCCUGGUGACCUGCUCAUUGCCACUUACCCUAAAGCAGGAACAACAUGGACUCAGGAGAUAGUUGACCUGCUUUUAAACCACAAUGACUUUGACAAGAGCAAACGUGCUCCAACUCAUGAACGCAUGCCCUUCCUUGAGAUGACCUCCCCAAAUCCUACACUGUCUGGUAUAACCAAAUUAGAGACAAUGGACCCUCCACGAGUUAUUAAAACACAUUUGCCUAUCCAGCUUGUUCCCACAACAUUCUGGGAGGCAGGUUGCAAGGUAAUAUACAUGGCACGUAAUCCCAAAGACAAUGUUGUGUCAUAUUUCCAUUUUGACCGAAUGAAUCUAGUACAACCAGUACCAGGACCAUGGCACCAGUACUUAGAUAAGUUCAUGAAAGGACAAUUGGGAUGGGGUUCCUGGUAUGAUCAUGUUAAAGGAUACUGGAGAGAGAGAAAAAAGAAGAAUAUACUUUAUCUGUUUUUUGAAGACAUGAAGGAAAACCCACACCAGGAGGUGGUACGCAUUGCUCAUUUUCUUGGACAAAACCUGUCUAAAACACUGAUUGAUGAGGUAGUACAGAAGACAACAUUUGUUACCAUGCGUGACAAUCCUAUGGCCAACUAUUCAUCUGUGCCCAACACAAUCUUUGAUCGGCGAGUCUCAGAAUUCAUGAGAAAAGGAGAGGUUGGCGACUGGCAAAAUCAUUUCAGUGCUGAACAGAACACCAUAUUUGAGGAGCACUAUAGGAAAAUCAUGGAGGAUGAACCCAUUCCCUUUCGUUUCUUGAUCUGAUUCUAUCCUUUGUAAAAUGUGUGUUUGCUUUUGGCAAAUUGAUUGUGUACUUAUGUUAAUAUUGAUGAAAACAAUACUGGUCAUACAAUCUUUAAGCUAUUUACAUUCCAUAAUGUUACUAGUCUGAGAAUUAUUUUUUAAAGUAGUCUUCUAGUUGCGGUAUAAUGUGUAGCUACAUUGCAAUACAUUUAAGUAGGUUUCUCUGGGAUUACUUUAGAGAGGGGUGAACUACUUCUCUAGUGUGUUUUGUCCUUGGUUAAUAUGUAAUGUACAUUGCGGUCAAGCGUCUGCUAAGAAAUGUCUGCUAACUAAACAUAAACAAACUUGAUGUCAUGCACAAUCAAGGACUUUGCCUUUAAUUACAACACUGGGCUUCUGCUCAUAUUCUUAAACCCAUUUUCCUUAAGUGUCAUUCUUACCACUCACUGUUUCAAUGAAUAAUGCACGUGCCUAUCUUAUAAUGGCAUUUGAAAAAUAAGAUUGUUAUUAUGAAAUAAAACUUUUAUUCACUUGA